CCUCACAAGUCUACCCUUACUGUUCUUCUUCCGUCAUUCAAAAACCGCUCUCUCUCUCUCUACAUCUCUCUCUACUUCGGUGGUUCUUUAUGCUAUUGUCUUGAAGAAGAAGAUAUCCGUUCCCCCACUUUUCCUCACACAGAUACACGUGCGUGUGUCUGUGUGUGAGCCAAUACGUACGCAUACUCAUUGGCAAAGGUGCAUUCCGGAGUGAGGAGGAAUGGAGCAAUGUCGCUCGCUCGCUUUGGUGGUGGUUCACGCCAUGUGCUUUCUGACACAGUUUUGGUUUUUUUGAUUUGCUUUUUCGGUUCUAUUGUAUUAUUAUAUGUGCGAUUUGGCAUUGCUGGGAGCGGAGCAGGAGCAGGAGCAGGAGCUUCAAGGAGUGGUUACUGGUUAGUGGUUGUAGCUUGGGGUUUGAUUUUGGGGAAUGGCGGCGUCGUCUUCUAGAGGAAGGAGCAGUUCACCGUUUCAUUCUCGGAAACCUACGAGUCCGUACUCAUCUACUUCGUCUUCAUCUUCAAUGAUCAACGGUCGCUUUCUGCCUCGGUCGUGUUCAUCUUCGGCGACGUCGUUUUACGGUGGUGUCGGUGGCGGUGCUGUUGGGGAUGGGUCUAGAUCCAUGACGCCAAGCUGGAAUGGAGGCGAUUAUGCUGUAGGUCACACGCCGGUGAGUUUUCCGGCUGCUGAAGACCAGCUGGUGGCCGAGCCGAUGGACGAAGCUCCGAGAUCGGGGGAUAGCAUUUCCGUCACAAUAAGAUUCCGGCCUAUGAGUGAUCGAGAAUAUCACAGAGGAGAUGAGAUCGCGUGGUAUGCCGAUGGCGACAAAAUCGUGAGAAAUGAGUAUAAUCCAAUGACAGCUUAUGCAUUUGAUAGGGUUUUCGGGCCUGAUACUAAUACUGAAGAAGUGUAUGAAGUAGCUGCUCGACCAGUAGUCAAGGCUGCAAUGGAUGGUAUAAAUGGAACUGUAUUUGCCUAUGGUGUUACCAGCAGCGGGAAGACGCACACCAUGCAUGGAGACCAAUAUUCUCCUGGCAUCAUACCAUUGGCUAUAAAAGAUGUCUUUAGCAUCAUCCAAGAUACCCCAGGUCGUGAAUUCUUACUUCGAGUGUCAUACAUUGAAAUCUACAAUGAGGUGAUUAACGACUUGCUGGAUCCAACUGGUCAGAAUUUGCGAGUUAGAGAAGACGUGCAGGGAACCUAUGUUGAGGGAUUAAAGGAAGAAGUUGUUUUGUCCCCCGGACAUGCUCUUUCAUUUAUUGCUGCAGGGGAAGAGCAUCGACAUGUUGGAUCAAAUAAUUAUAAUCUCUUCAGUAGCCGUAGUCAUACAAUAUUUACAUUGAUGAUUGAAAGUAGUGCGCACGGAGAUGAAUACGAUGGGGUUAUAUUUUCACAGCUGAACUUAAUUGAUUUAGCUGGAUCUGAAAGCUCAAAAACUGAAACGACUGGAUUAAGGAGAAAGGAAGGAUCCUACAUCAAUAAAAGUCUUCUGACACUUGGGACUGUUAUUGGAAAACUUAGUGAAGGGAAGGCAUCCCAUGUUCCUUUUCGAGAUUCAAAGCUCACCCGCCUUCUUCAAUCCUCUCUCAGUGGGCAUGGACAUGUAUCGCUUAUUUGUACAAUUACUCCUGCAUCAAGUAAUUUGGAGGAAACCCAUAAUACACUGAAGUUUGCCAGCAGGGCAAAGCAUGUUGAAAUAUAUGCCUCACGUAAUCGGAUAAUUGAUGAAAAGUCUUUGAUCAAGAAGUAUCAACGGGAAAUUUCAUGUCUCAGAGAAGAACUCGAUCAAUUCAAGAAGGGAAUGCUUGUUGGUGUCAAUCAUGAAGAAAUUUUAGCCUUGAGACAGCAGUUGGAAGAAGGACAAGUUAAAAUGCAGUCAAGAUUGGAGGAGGAAGAAGAAGCUAAGGCAGCUUUAAUGAGCAGAAUUCAAAGGCUAACAAAGUUAAUACUUGUUUCAUCGAAAAACACAAUGCCAGGAAACUUGGAUGAUGUGCCCUCUCAUCAACGAAGUCGUUCUGCUUAUGAGGAGGAUAAGUUGGAUGUUCUGCAUGAUGGUUCUCUAAAACUUGAUGGCGAGAAUCCGCUAGGUUCCUCAUCUUCUGCUUUAACUAUACCAUCUGAUGUUUAUCAUUUUAAACAUAGAAGAUCAUCCAGCAAAUGGAAUGAUGAUAUUUCACAAGCUGGCAGUACAAUUACUGAAACAACUCAAGCGGGGGAACUUAUUAAUGGUUCUUCCUGUGCUACAAAACUGCCUAUAGAUGAAGUCACAAUGUCAGAUCAUAUGGAUCUGUUUGUUGAGCAAGUGAAAAUGCUUGCUGGGGAGAUUGCAUUUGGCACCAGUACCCUAAAGCGUUUGGUAGAGCAAUCUGUGGAUGAUCCAGAAAUCCACAAAACCCAGAUUCAAAACUUGGAGCUUGAAAUCCAAGAAAAGCGAAGGCAGAUGAGGGUUUUAGAACAUCGUAUAGUUGAGGGCGGUGAAGCUUCAGUAGCUAAUGCAUCUAUGGUUGAAAUGCAGCAGACCAUCUCAAAACUGAUGGCACAGUGCAGUGAGAAGGGUUUUGAGCUUGAGAUUAAGUCAGCUGAUAACCGUGUCCUUCAAGAGCAACUACAAACAAAGAGCACAGAAAACAGGGAAUUACAAGAGAAAAUUAUGUGCCUGGAGGAGCAACUUGCUUCUGUCUCUGGUGACCGGAAGCCAUCCCUUCCCGAAAAAGACAUAACUGAUGAAUAUAUUGAUGAGUUGAGAAAGAAAAUUCAGCUGCAGGAAAUUGAAAACGAGGAACUAAAGCUCGAGCACGUUCAUAUUGUAGAGGAGAAUAGUGGGUUACGUGUUCAGAAUCAGAAAUUAUUGGAGGAGGCAUCUUAUGCCAAAGAGUUAGCUUCUGCUGCUGCAAUCGAGCUAAAGAAUUUAACAGGCGAAGUCACCAAGCUGUCGCUACAAAAUGCCAAACUGGCGAAGGAGCUUCAGGCUGCACGAGAGUUCAAUUCUAGAGUUCCUGGGGUUCUUGUUGGUAAUGGAGGUGCCCGGAAGCACAAUGAUGCUCAAAGAAGUAUUGGUCGUAGGGGUCGCAUUUCAGGCAGAGCAAAUGAUGCUGCUGAUGUUCUCGAUUCCUGGAAUCUUGAUCCAGAUGAUCUUAAAAUGGAGCUGCAGGCGAGGAAACAACGAGAGGCUGCUCUCGAGGCUGCCUUGGCUGAGAGGGAACUGUUGGAAGAUGAGUACCGCAGGAAGUUUGAAGAGUCGAAGAAGAGAGAGACCACUCUAGAAAACGAUCUGGCAAACAUGUGGGUGCUCGUUGCACGUCUCAAGAAAGAGGCCACCGCCAUCCAAGAAUCGAAGCUCAAUCUGAUGAUGCAGAAUGAAGAUGCAGAUGCAGAUGCAGAUACUCCCCCCAUAGUAAGUGAUGUAAAAGUCGAUUGCACUGACCCUCCUUGCGACCAAGCCGAUUCAACCCCGCCUUCGAUCAAAGAAACUCUCAACCAAGAACCUGCUUCCAACACCCCCAAGGAAGAACCUCUCGUUGUUCGCCUCAAAGCACGGAUGCAGGAGAUAAAAGAGAAAGAACUGAGGUACAGUGGGAACAACGGCAGCAAUGACGCCAACUCCCAUAUGUGCAAAGUAUGCUUCGAAUCCCCGGCGGCCGCGAUGCUCCUCCCUUGUCGACAUUUUUGCUUGUGCAAAUCAUGCUCCCUUGCUUGCGCGGAAUGCCCUGUGUGCCGAACAAAGAUUGCUGACAGGAUUUUUGCCUUCACUUAGAACUCAACUCAACUCAAGGAAGGAUAUACACAUGCAUCAUUACAUAAGCAUACACACACCAGUUUACUAAUACAACAAGGUGGUGCUUGUUUUUCCUGAAAUUCUUUCAUUGCUUAAUGUGUAUGUAUGUAAUUUAACUAAGCCAUAUAUCUAUAUAUUAAUUAUAUAAUGGUUCUUCUUCCAUUGUUAUUUCUUUCUUUUUAACAAGGAAGAGAAAAACUUGGUUCUUAUGGGGGGCCUUAAUUAAUUAUCUCAUUAUUACCA